UAGCCGUUAAUAUUUUCAAAUAUUCCUAGGUAAAAUGUACAUCACAGUGCGACACGGAGCAGACGAGAGGGUGAUAUUUAACCCCCUCUGUCGAGUUGCAAACCUCCUCUCGGAAAUCAAAACACGGUGCAAUAUAACGGACGGUGAUCUGGACUGCAUUGAUCUGUGUGAUGAGUCUGGACAAGUGAAGAACCUACCACUUCACAAGCGAGCGUACGCUUCCAAAUACCUCACAGUUCCCGGUACCUAUGUGGUAGUAGAAAGGAAAAAAAUACCUCUUAUUGGAGGGAAGGAGCUUGCUGUUAACGAGAUGAACGACACCAAGGACGGUGAGGAAGAUGAAAGUAUUUUGAGUGUUACAGUCUACAGAUCACUUCUCAAGAAUACCGAGAUGCUCCUCCCAGGAUUCUCUAUUAAGAACUUUCAGAGCCCGCCUCGCAAGGAACCUCGUAAAGUCAAUUUAGCUCGACAGAGAAAAGAACUGGAGAAAGUUCAAGUAACACCGACCAGUCCCACACCACGUGCCUCCAGCACUCUGAGAACAACUAAACUAGCCAAGAUCAGGAACAAAGUAACUCGAUAAGGAAGGACAGGAUGUUUCACUCAAAAAAUAGAGGAGAAGAGAGUUUUUACACUCGCAUUAAUCAGUCGCUGUUCAGGUGACAGGUGAAUGUUUCAAGUUAUUUAACUUUCAUUCGAAGGUUUUUUGUU